AUCUGGUGCUUCGGAGAUGUUGCCUGAAAUCCCAGCCGAGUUACUUUGUGCAAAGUGAAUCGCUUUCUGGGACAAACAGUGGGACAGCCACAUUCCUCACGCUGUCAUCCCCAUUGCGGUGGGUAGCUCUCAGAGACGAGAGCUGAUGGAGCGAGCUGAGCUCCGGGGACAGGCCGGACAAGGAACAGGCAGACGACGGCACCGAGGCCAUGCCAGUCAGGAUCCUGAUAUCCGGUUGUCCAAAGCCCUCUCAUACAUCCUCCGGCAUGGAGCAGCUGAGCUGGGAUUGGUGAUAGGAAAAGAUGGGUUCCUGGAUGUGGAGGAGGUUCUGCGAUGCCCCCAGUGUCGACAUUACACGGAGAAGGACAUCCAGCGAGUGGUGGAGACCAACAACAAACAGCGGUUCACACUUCGCCGCCACCCGGAAACGGGAAUGCUGCAGAUCCGGGCCAACCAGGGGCACAGCCUGCAGGUCGAGGAGCUGGAGCUGAUUCCGAUCACAGAGGCUGCGGGGAAUAUUCCGGAACAGGCUGUCCAUGGCACAUACCGGCGACACUGGCACUCUAUUAAAGGGGAAGGGCUGCGCUGCAUGUCCCGCAGGCAUAUCCACCUGGCCCCUGGACUUCCUGGGCAGGGGGGAGUGCCCAGCGGAAUACGCAGUGACUGUGAGCUGGCCAUCUUCAUCGAGCUGGGAAAGGCCAUCAAGGAUGGAAUCCCCUUUUAUUUUUCCACUAAUCGUGUGAUUUUGACACCAGGGAAUGAAGAUGGGGUUUUACCUCCAAAAUAUUUCCAGAGAGUUCUGCAGCUGAAACCAUCCAGAUGUGUACUCCCGCUUGACUGACAGAACCCCCAGGUUCAGGACUUUCCUGGACUGGCAGAAGGAUAGCUCCACAUGCAGGAACAUGUCAUUGUUCCCAGCCCUUCCACACCACUCAGAGCCCAAACAGUACAGCCAGUUCAAUACACUGGGAUAUUAAAGCAGUCACAAACUCA